GCGGUGAGAGAGAGAGAGAGAGAGAGAGAGCGCGAGCGAGCGCGACACACAUACACACUCACGCACGCGCGCGCGCACAGACACGGCGGCGGGCUGCGGAGCUGAUCAACACUCAGCGUGCACUAGUCGGAGAGCAUGGCUCACUCCAAGAAUCGAGCCACGGAUGGCAAGAUCACCUACCCGCCGGGGGUGAAGGAGAUCUCCGAUAAAAUCUCCAAGGAAGAGAUGGUCCGGAGACUGAAGAUGGUGGUAAAGACCUUCAUGGACAUGGACCAAGAUUCAGAGGAGGAGAAAGAGCUGUACCUGAACCUUGCUCUGCACCUGGCCUCGGACUUCUUCCUGAAGCACCCGGACAAAGACGUCAGGCUCCUGGUGGCCUGCUGCCUGGCCGACAUCUUCCGAAUCUACGCUCCGGAGGCUCCUUACACGUCGCCGGAUAAGCUGAAGGAUAUAUUUAUGUUCAUAACCCGACAGCUGAAAGGAUUGGAGGACACUAAAAGCGCCCAGUUCAAUCGAUAUUUUUACUUACUGGAGAAUAUCGCUUGGGUGAAAUCCUACAACAUCUGCUUCGAAUUGGAGGACAGUAAUGAAAUAUUUACUCAACUAUACAGAACGCUCUUCCAAGUGAUCAAUAAUGGACACAAUCAGAAGGUGCACAUGCACAUGGUAGACCUGAUGAGCUCGAUCGUGUGUGAGGGAGAUUCUGUUUCUCAGGAGCUCCUGGACACCGUCCUGGUCAACUUGGUUCCAGCACACAAGAAUCUGAACAAGCAGGCGUACGACCUGGCCAAAGCGCUGCUGAAGAGAACCGCGCAGGCCAUCGAGCCUUACAUAACCAACUUUUUUAACCAGGUGCUGAUGCUGGGGAAGACGUCAGUGAGCGACUUGUCAGAGCACGUGUUCGAUUUAAUCCUGGAGCUCUACAACAUCGACAGUCAUCUUCUCCUGUCCGUUCUGCCUCAGCUGGAGUUUAAACUCAAGAGUAACGAUAACGAUGAACGGCUUCAAGUUGUCAAGCUUUUGGCCAAGAUGUUCGGCGCUAAGGACUCGGAGCUCGCGUCUCAGAACAAGCCUCUGUGGCAGUGCUAUCUCGGGAGGUUCAACGAUAUCCACGUUCCUAUUCGACUGGAGUGUGUGAAGUUCGCCAGCCACUGUCUGAUGAAUCAUCCGGAUUUGGCUAAAGAUCUGACAGAGUAUCUUAAAGUGAGAUCUCACGACCCGGAGGAAGCCAUCCGGCACGACGUCAUCGUGUCCAUCGUGACCGCGUCGAAAAAAGACCUCUCUCUCGUCAACGAUCACUUGCUGAACUUUGUGAGAGAGAGGACGCUCGACAAGCGGUGGAGGGUGCGUAAGGAAGCGAUGAUGGGCCUCGCACAGAUCUAUAAGAAGUACGCCCUGCAGGCGGAGGCGGGGAAGGAAGCAUCCAAACAGAUCUCCUGGAUUAAAGACAAACUGCUGCACAUCUACUACCAGAACAGUAUCGAUGACCGAUUGCUUGUGGAGAGAAUCUUCGCCCAGUACAUGGUGCCUCAUAAUCUGGAGACUGCAGAACGGAUGAAGUGUCUGUAUUACCUGUACGCUACGCUGGAUUCUAACGCAGUCAAAGCCCUGAAUGAAAUGUGGAAAUGCCAGAACAUGCUGAGACACCACGUGAAAGAUUUGCUGGAUCUGGUUAAACAGCCGAAAUCGGACUCCUACAAUAAAGCGGUCUUCUCAAAGGUCAUGGUCAUCACAAGAAACUUGCCUGACCCAGGGAAGGCGCAGGACUUUGUGAAGAAGCUGGCGCAGGUUCUGGAGGAGGAUGAGAAGAUCAGGAAGCAGCUGGAGACCCUGGUCAGCCCGACCUGUUCCUGUAAACAGGCCGAAGUCUGCGUGAAAGAGAUCACAAAAAAACUGGGCAGCCCCAAACAACCCAGCAACCCUUUCCUCGAGAUGGUGAAGUUCUUACUGGAGAGGAUCGCUCCCGUCCAUAUCGACACAGAGUCAAUCAGCGCGCUUAUCAAACAGGUGAACAAGUCCAUAGAAGGUACAGCGGACGACGACGACGAAGGCGUCCCCACCGAGCAGGCCAUAAGGGCGGGGCUGGAGCUACUCAAGGUUUUGUCCUUUACUCACCCCGUGUCCUUCCACUCGGCCGAGACGUUCGAGUCUCUGCUCGGCUGUCUGAAGAUGGACGACGAGAAGGUGGCCGAGGCGGCGCUGCAGAUCUUUAAAAACACCGGCGGAAAACUGGAGGAGAGCUUCCCGCACAUCAAAUCGGUUCUUUUACCGGUACUGCAACACAAAGCCAAGAAGGGACCUCCUCGCCAGGCCAAGUACGCCAUCCGCUGCAUCCACGCCAUGUUCUCCAACAGAGACACCCACUUUGCACAGAUCUUCGAGCCUCUGCAUAAAAGUCUGGACACGGAGAACAUGGAGCAGCUGAUAACUCCACUCACCACGCUGGGUCACUUGGCUAUGCUGGCGCCCGAGCAGUUCGCCGGGCCGCUUAAAUCGCUAGUGGCCAACUUCAUCGUGAAAGAUCUGCUGAUGAACGACAGGAUUCCUGGCAAGAAAACGACCAAGCUCUGGGUUCCAGAUGAUGAAGUUUCCCCUGAAACACUGGCGAAGAUUCAGGGCAUUAAGCUGAUGGUGAGGUGGCUGCUCGGGGUGAAGAAUAACCAGAGCAAGUCGGGGAACUCCACGCUGAGGAUGCUCACCGCCAUACUGAACAGUGAUGGAGAUCUGACUGAACAGGGCAAGAUGGGGAAGCCGGACAUGUCACGUCUGCGCCUGGCGGCGGGCUGCGCGGUGCUGCGUCUGGCUCAGGAGCCUUGUUACCAUGAGAUCAUCACCCUGGAGCAGUACCAGCUUUGUGCUCUUGUCAUCAACGAUGAGUGUUACCAGGUGCGCCAGGCUUUUGCUCAGAAGCUGCACAAGGGCCUGUGUCGGCUGCGGCUGCCGCUGGAGUACCUGGCGGUGUUCGCUCUGUGCGCCAAAGACCCGGUGAAGGAGCGCAGGGCUCACGCUCGCCAGUGCCUGGUCAAAAACAUCAACCUGCGCCGGGAGUACAUCAAGCAGCACGCCGCAGUCAGCGAAAAGCUGGUCUCCCUCCUCCCGGAAUAUGUGGUGCCAUACGCCAUCCACCUGCUGGCUCACGACCCCGACUACGUCAAAGUGCAAGACAUAGAGCAGCUCAAAGACAUCAAGGAGGCUUUAUGGUUUAUUUUGGAGAUCCUAAUGGCCAAGAAUGAGAACAACAGUCAUGCCUUCAUAAGAAAAAUGGUCGAGAACAUCAAACAGACAAAAGAUGGCCAGUGUCCAGAUGAUCCGAAGAUAAACGAGAAACUCUACACCGUGUGCGACGUAGCCAUGAACAUCGUCAUCUCCAAGAGCACCACGUACAGCCUGGAGUCACCCAAAGACCCCGUACUGCCCGCGCGCUACUUUACUCAACAUGACAAGAAUUUCAGCAACACAAAAAAUUAUCUUCCUCCUGAGAUGAAGUCAUUCUUUACCCCUGGGAAGCCUAAAUCAGCGAACGUCCUCGGAGCAGUGAACAAACCGUUAUCAGCUACGGGAAAGCUGCAGACCAAACUCUCUCGCAUGGAGACCAUGAGCAACGCCAGCAGCAACUCCAAUCCCGGCUCGCCGGGCCGCAGCAAAGGAAGGAUGGACUCCGCUGACGUGGACCACAGCGAGAACGAGGACAUCUCCAUGAAGAGCCCGUCUGAAGGAGACAAGCCCACCAGGGGGCGCAAGCGAGGCGCCGCGUCUGGCCAGGAGGACAAGGCCCCGGAGUCGAAAGCCAAACGCGGCCGCAAGAAAGCCGCCAACGCCGGGACGGACGACACCGAAGAGCAGUGGACUGAGGACAGCGGCAUGGUCGACACGACCAUGGAGACCGAGGACGAACAGAACAGCCCGCCCAAGAGGGGGCGCCGGGGACGACCUCCCAAAUCCGCCUCCGCCAAAGAAGAGACCGCCGCCAGCAAGGGCAGGAGAGGACGCAGGAAGGCCGCGCCGCCUCCGGACGAAGACGACGAGGACGAGCCGGAGGCGGAGGAGGAAGACGAGGCUGAAGAUAGAGGCAGUGAAAACAUGGAGGAAGUUAAGCCUAAAGGCAGACGAGGACGCAAACCCAGAGCGGAAGUGUCAGAGGUCACCAGCGAGUCUGUCGAGUCCACACCACAGAAAAGAAGAGGACGACCUCCGAAAUCGCAAACGGCAGCUAAAAAAGCAGGAGUCGGAAGACCCCGAGCAGUAGUGAGCCAGGAGGACGAGUCUGAGGAGGAGAUGGAGACGUCGCAGCAUAGUGAUGAGGAGGCAGAAGAGGAGCAGUCACAGGAGUCCUCACCUAAAGUGCGACGGAAGGCUGGAAGGCGAGAGCGGAGAUGAGGGAGCUGGCGUUCGUUCUCCCUUCAGAGAGAGGUUCAUCAUGGCCGAGCUUUGAAAAGCCCCGGAACACAUCAGAGGGAAUUUUUUCUUUUUUUUUUCUUUUUCUGAGUGUUUGGACUUUUUCGGAGCCGUGCAUCUGCUUCAGCCGUGUUUCGCCGUCUUUUCUGCAGUAAGCUUUUCGCCGCGUCGCUCCACCAUGACUCGUGGUUUGUUCCGCGUUGUUUUUCCACAUGUGCCGACCAUGUGUAAAACCUUGGCUUAAAAACACACACACACACACACACACACGCGCGCGCAAACUGUAAAUAGUCUUUGUUCUGUUGCCCCCUGACCCUGAAAUCCUCUCCACUUUAGGGAAAACUGUAUAGCUCUUACCUUUCCGGAUUUUAUGAUGUUGCAUCGGCUGAAUUUGUUCAAGUAUUAAAGGAAAAGCGACUUUUAGCAGUACUGUAUCUGUCCAGUGUGUUUUCUGUAACAUUCUGUACCGAGCGACAUGAGGUUUUUGUUUUUUGGGUCGUUUGUUUAUUGUUUGUUUUUUUGUAGGCUUUUUUUUUUUUUUUUUUUUUUUUUUUUUUUUACUGUUUGUCAUUUUACUCUUUCCCUUUUUAACCCCCUUGUCAUUUGUGUAAUUCUUGUGUGCAUAUUAUUGUGGAUGUGCAAAUGUGCCUCUGCAGGAAAACAAAAAAAAAAAAAGAUUUAAAAAAAAAAAAAAAAAAAAAAAAAAACAAAGGAAAGAAUGAAACACUGGUCUGAUGAUUAAAAAUCACGUAUUUGUAAAACAUUUCCUGCCCAGUAUUUGUUUGUAUCAGUGUUUAGAAAGAGAGAGAGAGAGAGAGAGAAAAAAAAAGAAAAGAAAGGAAAGUACGGUACAAAGCAAUCGGUUUUAAUAUUUGGCUGUGUGUUGCGGAACACUUGCGGAUUAAAAUCGCCCACUUUUUCAGUCUGCUGAACCAAUAAACUAUUCUGUUUAAAU